AUGUACGCCUUUGGGGGGACGGAUGGUGUUAUUCAUAUUAGCGAGGAAAUGCCGCAUCCCGGUCGCCGAGUCCCACAGGUCAUGAUGCUGACAAUGAUCAUCGGUCUGGCCACAGCCUUCCCUCUGUUCUUGUCUCUCAUGUUCUACAUGAAAGACUUUUCGGCAGUUAUUUCAUCUCGUUUGCCUAGUUUGGAAUUGAUAAAUCAGGUGACCGGCAACGACAAGGUCACUUUGUCUCUGUUCGCUUACAUCCUCUUCGUUUAUCUGGAGAGGAGUACCCUUUUCGAGCUACUUCGCAAAUGUUGA